AUGGUCCUGCGCAAGCCGCUGUUGCGCAUCCCCUUCACCGACGUCCUGCCAGCGCCGCACAUCCUCCCUCGCCAUGCCACGACACCGGCAGCGGCGGUGGCAGCUCUCGGUGCGUUUUUGACGGCGCCACCACCACCAGGCCUGCCGCAGGCCACCGUGGCCAUCACGGGCGCCGGCCUCUCGGUGGCCAGCGGGCUGGCCGACUACCGCGGCGCCAACGGGACGUAUCGCGUCAACAAGACGUACCGCGCCAUCUACCAUCACGAGUUCAUCGCCAGCCACGAAGCCCGCAAGCGUUACUGGGCCCGCAGCUUCCUCGGCUGGUCCACGCUGCGCAAGGCCGCCCCGAACGCGGCCCACUACGCCGUGCGCGACCUCGGCCGUCUCGGCUACCUGCACGCGGUCGUGACCCAGAACGUCGACUCGUUUCACCGUCUUGCCCACUCGCAGCGCCCGGCCACGGUCGAGCUGCACGGCUACCUUCGCGCCACCGUCUGCACGUCGUGCUUCCGCGAGUUCUCUCGCGACGCCUUCCAAGACGACCUGGCCCGCCUAAAUCCUGUCUGGGCCGCCUUUCUGGUCGAGGCCAUCGCCUCAGGCGCCCUCCAGCCGGACAAGGCCGAGCAGGCCGACAGUAGCCACAGCAGCCGCAGCAGCCGCGUGUUUCGCAGCAUCCGCAGCAACCCCGACGGCGACGUCGACGUGCCGGGCGCCCCGUACACCACCUUCCGUUACCCGGCCUGCCCACAUUGUCUCGCACAGCCGCCGAUGGCCAAGGAUGGCUCCCGACAGGCUGUCGAGGUCGGCAAUGACGGCGCCUGGAUGCCCCCUCGCAGCGGCGGCCGUGGUGCUGGCAUCUUGAAGCCUGCUGUCGUCAUGUUCGGCGAGAACAUCGCCCCGGCCGUCAAGCACGCUGCCGAGGCCGCCGUCGACCAAGCUGGCCGCUUGUUGGUGCUGGCCACCUCACUCGCCACCUACUCGGCCUGGCGCCUGGCCAAGCGCGCUAGAGACCGCGGCAUGCCCAUUGCCAUUGUCAACAUGGGCGGCGUCCGUGGCGAGGAGGCCUUCUUCGACAGCGUCGGCCUCGACCAGGACGGCUCGCAGGGCGUCCGUGUCGAGAUGUCGACGGACAGCCUGCUGCCGAUGCUCGUAGAUGAGCUUCAGAGAACGGCACGCAAGAACAGCCCGGCAGCUUCGGAAGACGACGGUCGCGGCGCUGACUGUUCCGAUCCGGCCUUGUUCAGAGACAUGCUCUCAUAA